AUGGAAGUUUUAAUGCUUGUGAUUUGGAAGCUAUGCUUUUUUGUCUACGGCCGUCAAGAUUUGCUGUGGAUGGCCCCAGAACAACUGCGUGAGGAAUCGGGGACCUCCGUCGGAACUCAAAAUGGAGACAUCUACUCCGCAGCAAUCAUCCAACACGAAAUGUUCUUUCGAACUGUACCGUAUGGCUAUCCAGAUAUGGAAGCCGACGAAAUUAUCGAAAAGGUGCGCGCAAAUGAGCCCCUUUUUCGCCCAAAGGUAUAG